ACAUCUGGCGCUCAGAGAGCGCCAUCUAGGAGCGCCUGGGCGCUGGGCCGACUCCUGUCCGGGUUGGGCGGGGGACAUUGGGGUUUCCAACCUGAGUUUGGAACUAGCCAGCCCGAGGGUGUCCCCUUUGUCUCCCCUUUGCGGAGGGGGGACUGCGGGAGGGAAGGGGGACAACUUCAGCCCGAGGCAGGGAGGAAAAGGCAGAAACUAACUUUCUAACUUCUGUUUGCCUGUCUGUAAAAUAGGCAGAGCAAUGGUAAACUUGUUCCCUAAAGUUGUGAGGAUUAAGACAGUUCGUUUACAGAGCAGUUCUUGGCUUACGGGUGGUGCUCAGUGUAAGCUUGUAUUAUCGUUUGUCGGAUGGGGAGCGUGAGUUUCCGGAACAGAAGGAAGGUUGGCACAGGUAGGAUCUGACCCAGGCAGUCUGCCUCCGGGACUGGAGGUGUGGUUAGGUUCUGUGGGACCACUGACUUGGAAUCCAGGAUUUUUCAAGUACUGUCUGAAACACUCCUCCCCCAACAUCCUAUUCUCCCAUUUUGAAGAAACUAAGGUUCAGAGAGGUUGAGUGACAGGCUUCAGGUCACACAGCCUUUUUUAGGAGACCGUGCAGGGACAUUUUGCACCUUGGGUUUCUCAAUUCCAGCGCCUUGACUGCCAGGUUACCCUCGUCCCCUGCCUGCUUUGGCUUUUGCUACUGUGGGGGCAAAAGACCCUGGACCUUGGGCUUCUGCCUCACUUGGGGCCCGAGGGACAUGAGCAUCGGUGGCCAAGGACACAGGGCAAGAGGGCAAGUGAGCUUUGAACUCCAGUUGUGUACCCAACCCAGAUAGGGAAGGUGGGCAAAUCAUGCCUGUUAUACAGAUGAGGAAACUGAGGUGCAGAGAGGUGCAGAGAAGAAACACCUUGUGCCCACAGUCCCUCAGCCAUCGAAAGAGUGGGGCUUCACCACAUACAAGUUCCCUCUUCCUCCGGAUCACCUGGCUGCCCACCUUUCAAGGCUUUAAGAGCUGCUUUGGGGUUUGUUUUUUUAAACUAUGUGACCUCUCUUUGGCACCACCUUCAGGCAGAUGUUUCAGGAGAGGGGUUUGAAGUGAAAAGAGGACUGAUGCUGAGGUUGGGGUGUCCACACAGAGGAGACCAAGAACCAUGCUUGGGGGUCAGAGCUUCACUCUUCAGGAGGCUUGAGUCCCAACUUGGGUGCCAAUUUGCCCAAUUUGCCGCUGUAACCUCAGCCAAGUUCCCUCCCGGUUCUGGCCUUUACCUGCUGUGCUGUGAAAAGGAUGUGUUUCCCGUGUCCAGGUAACGUCUCAGGUCAGAAGUUGGAAGUGCUUGGGAGAUGAACAGCGGUGAGAUAGUAUUCAGGCGAGGCGAACACUGUGCAGCCCCCAACCUAUAGAGAAGGGGAAGCCCAGGGAGGUUACAAGAUCUAUCGGAUACCCCCUGAAAGGUUUUUACUCACAGCACUUCCGACACCAAAUGAGUGGGUUUUUUUUUUCCCCCCACACUAACCAGUUUUCCAACUGCAGACACCAACUGGGUAUCCUACAAUUCAAUUCUGACACUCUACCUGGAGUUAGCACGGACCACACAGGUGAAGAGUUCAAAACUGCCCCACUUCAGAUGCCGAUCACAGGUCCCAGGUUGCCACCUGUGCUGCUUUUUAUUAAAAAAAUUAUUUAAUUUAUUUUUGGCCCUGGGCGGCAUGGGCAUGCAGGGAUUAGUUCCCCCACCAGGGAUCGAACCCGUGACCCCUGCAGUGAAAGCGCCGAGUCUUAACCACUCCGCGGGAAUUCCGCCCCCCACCCCCACCCCGGUACUUCUUAAAGACUGGCUAUAAACCUGAGGGUUCCCACCAACCCCUCCUUAGGUUCAAUAAUUUGCUAUAACAGCUCACAGAGCCCAGGAAAGCACUUGACUCACUCUUUCCAGUUUAUUUUAAAGAAUACAACUUAGGGGCAACCAAAUGGAAGAGAUACAUAGGGCAAGGUAUGGGGGAAGGGCAAAUGGGGGAAGGGCAAGGAACUUCCAUGCCCUCUCUGGGCACCUCAUCUUCCCAGCACCCCAUGAGUUCACCAAUGCUUGGGCAGGAUUGAUGAAAUCCCUGGCGUUUGGUGAUUAACUCAAUAUCCAGCCCGUCUCCCUUCCCAGGAGGUCUGGGAGGUGCGGCAGAAAGUUACAACCCUCUGAUCAUGCCUUGGUCUUUUUGGAGACCAGCCCCCAUCCUGAAGCUAUCUAAGGGCCCUGGCUGCACCACUCCGGAGUUUACAGACGUUUUAGGAGCUGUGUGCUAGGAACCAGGGACAAAGAUCCUGCUAAAUGAUUGCAGCACGGGGGCUCAAACCCAAGCCUUUUACCUGCCUAAAAGGAGCCUUGGGGCUAGGUGGAGGCCCUGUCUUUUCACUAGCAUGUGACCUGAAGGGCUUUUUGGAAACCAUAGAUCUGGCCCCUACUUGCCACUUUUCUGGAAAAAAGGCCGUGACUGCACCUGGCCCUGGGCAGGUCAGUGUCUCUUUCCAGGCAGCUCCCCACCGGAACUAUUUCCUGUCCUUCUGGCCUCGGGACCUUGGCACAGCUGCAAGCCUGAUACCCCUCUUCCCUCAGCCACCCAGCUGAGCUUCACCUCUCAAGCUCUGCUGCAGAUGCCCUUAUUGGGCUCCAUCAGUGCUCUGUGCUUCCACUAUUAUUGCCCUGAUCACCCUGGAUUUGUGUUUGGCUCACUCAGGUCAUGAAUGGGAACUGUCCUGGUCACUGCUGAAACAAAGGACAUAAGUCUUGUCCAACUCCCAUAUCCCUAGUUUUGCCCAAAGCCACACCCACAGGGUGGAGAAGACAGAGGAUCUUUGCAGAGGGAGGCUGGGCGUCCCUGUUGGCCUCUUGCUCUGAUGCCCCCCAGUGGCUUCCCAGGGAGGCCAGGCAGAGGCCUCUGGGCCAGGCUGUGUGGCUUUGGCAGGACACUGCUGAGCUGAGGCCAAAGAGUGUGUCAGCCGUGGCCCAGCCAGCAGUGAUUCACACGAGGCCUUGGCCCAGCCCCGGGAGGUGACAGGGGAUGGUGGCCUCACUUCCCCUUCCAGGACUGUGGCUCAGGGUCAGUGCCCAUUUUUGCCAGGCAGUGGGAAGAUCCCAAGGGGCCCUGGGCCUGGCACUACCCUAAGGAGCCCCCAUCCUCAAAGCCAGACACUCUAAACCCUUUAGGAUAUAAGUCAGAGCACAAGAGCCAUGGCUUACCCCUCACCUUCUCGACAAAACCCAAACUCCUAUAUAGUCCUCUCUGAAGCCUUACCUAUACAGUCACCCUCCCUGCCCUCUUCUCCCUCUCUCCAAUGACUUUAGCCUCCUCCAUAUUCCCUAAACAUGCCCAGCUUGUUCCCACCACAGGGCCUUUGCACAUGCUUUGCUGCCCACCUGGGAUGCCCUUCCCACAGCACACCCACAGCGAACUCUUUUUCUCUCUCUGUGGGGCUCAGCCCAUCCCACCCCCACUUUGGUUCCGUUGUAACAGUUUCACACCCCUAGAUUAUUUGAGUUGUUUGUGUCCCCAGGUCCAGAUCAGGUCCCAGCACAAAGUAAGUGCUCAGCAAAGACCCAAGGGAUGAGACUGAGGCCACCUCCAGACACAUGGAGGGGGAGAUUUUGGGGUCCCCUCUGUGCUCAGAGCCCUAACUUUCUACUCAGGAUGGGCAGGCAAGAUGUAGCAAUCACCAUGCCCUCAACCCUGACCCGGACCUGGGUCCUGCCCCCUCCCCCACCCUACUGAGUCAGCCUUCUAAUACCCCCUCCCCCCAGGAGAUGGGAUUGGCCAGGAACCUGGCUGUGAGUCACAAAGCCACUGUGGCACCAGUGCCCCAAGGCCGGCCAUCCGCCUGGUGGGUUCAGCUUCAAAGGCAGGUCUGUGACCCUCCAAGGUAUGAAGUCUGACUGGUCCAGCCAGAAGAGGGUACUUCUGCAAAGCAGAGCUGAGCCGCCUAGGAACCAAAGCAAGGCAGCAAGCGACACAGCUACAGGUGUCACCCAGUGGGCAGAGCUCCUAUCAGCCGUCCCCAACCUUCAAGACAAAGUGGGGACACUGCGUCUGCAGCUACAGGUGUCACCCAGUGGGAAGAGCUCCUAUCAGCCCGUCCCCAAUCUCCAAGGCAAAGCAGGGACACUGCAUCCACGGCCCCGGCAUGAGCCGCCUGCAUCCAAGGAGACCCUUGUGCAACAGCCAGACAAGGACGAGACGGUGGCUCAUCAUGUCCCAUGCCUCCGGGCUGCGGUGGAGAGCCAGACCUUCAAGAAUAUCCUGGUGGACGAAAUGGACAUGAUGCUGUCCCACGCAGCCACCCUCAUCCAAGCCAACUGGAGGGGCUACCGGCUCCGGCAGAAGGUAAUCUCUCAGGUGAUGGUGACCAAGGCCAUCCAGGAGGCCUGGCGACGCUUCAGCACCAGGUGCCUCCUCCAGCCUGGCAAGACGGUGGAGAAAAAAGCGAAGGUGGAGGAGAGGGACAUCCCUUACCACUCGCCCCGGCAGGUGCGGUUCCAGCAUCUGGAAGAGGGCAAGUCCCUUCUGGCCCAGCCCACCAUGGUGAGCAAGGAGACCCAGUUUCCUUCCUCCAACGGCCUGUCCGCUUGUACCCACCAGCUGGCCUUGCUGCAGUCCCAGGGCAUGUCACAGCCAGGUACGUGCUCUGUCGGAGGCCCCAGCGUCGCCUUCCUUCCACACCAGACCGCUGCCAUCAGACUUCCGUGUCCUGUGAGUCCAGAGGCGAAGUGCCUCCCAUGCCUGCUGACAAGAACCAUCAGAAAUGCCUGCCUUGUCCACGGAGAGGGGGACAUGAUGAAGACCAAGCAAGUUACUGCCAGAGCUAACAAGGCAGGAGGCCCGGGGCCACCACCAUCCGGAAGAUGUGCCCAGGCAGUUCAAGGACAACUCAAGAGCCAGACCCAGGCCCACAUGGAAGCAGAGGUCCUCGAAGGGCCACCACAGACAGGCCCAGCACCCGUGAUAACCAAGACCCCAGCCCAGACGUGCCCACAAGCCACAGUGACCAAGACCCUACUCCAGUCAUGCCUAGCGGCCACGAUGAACAAAAUCCAAUCCCAGCCGUGCCCAGUGCCCGUGAUAACAAUAACCAAAACCCCACCCCAGCCCUGCCCAGCGACCCCGGUGACCAAGACCUCAGUUCAAAUGAGACCAUCAGCCUCGAUGACCAACACUUCACCCCGGACACGACCAGCAGCCAUGAUGGCCAAGACUCCACCCCAGUUAUGCCUGUUGCCCUCAACGUUCAAGUCUCCAACGCAGACACGCCCUGCAGCCACGAUGACCAAGGCCCCACCCCAGACGUGUGCAGCGCUCGUGACGGCCAAGACCCCACCCCAGGUGCGCCUGGCAGCCACGAUGACCAAGACCCCAUCUCAUCAGACACUCCAAGGCGUCUCGGUGACCAAAGGUCCUCCUGCCCAGACACGCCUGGCGGCCAUGGUAACCAAGACCCCAGCUCAGUUACGCUCAGUAGCCGCCAUCCUCAGGACCCUGUGCCUGCCCCCUCCAGCAGCUGAAAAUCUCAAACCUCCGCCUUCAGCACUGGCGGCAGCUGGAAUUCCCGACACCUCAUCCCACACAUGUCUAAGUGGACUGAAGGCCAAGGCUGUGGUGAACGCGAGGCAGGCAGCAGGGGUGACCGAGGUCUCACCCCACCCGUACUUGACUAAGGGAAAAAUGAAACGCUUCCCCCCAUCACAUCUGGGGGCUGGGGAUCCCAAGCCUACAGCCAGGCCUCCUUCGGAAGGUGAGAAAAUCAGGGACUUCUCCCAGAAACGGGUGAAAACAGAAACAGCGUCUAACAUCAGUGAGGCCGUGGAAGCGCCCGUGGUGUCGUCCUGGUCAAAAGUGGCUGAGGAUGGGAGCAAGCAGGCACACCUGAGGACGGAUGUCGUGAAGGCCCUAUCCCAGGUAUGUGAGCCUAUAGAAACAGCUGUGGCACAUCUGGGUACCUGUCUGCCUCAGGCACAACCGGCCCCGUGUUCGACCACAGGCUCGCCUCAGGCACGUCUGCCGGCCGAGCUGACCAAGCCCCCGUCCCAGGCACAUGUUUCUACCAAGCUGACCAAGGGCCCGUCCCAAGGACAUCCACCCCCUGAGCUGACCACAGCCCUAGCCCAAUCACAUCUGUCCAAGGUGCAGUCCCAGGCACAUCUGCCCACCACGCUGACCCAGGCACCGUCCCAGGCACAUCUGGCCACAGAAACGGCCAAGAGCUUCCAUGCAGCCCGCCAGGCCGCUGAGCUCAGCAGCAAGACCCAGUCCCAACCACUCCUAGUCGAGUUCAAGGCCUCCACCCAGCCCUGCCAGCACGUUGGCGCCCUGCCCCGAGCCAAGCCAGAGGACAGAUUGACCCAGCUCCUGUCCCACAUCUACGUGCAGGGCAAGGCCACCCAGGGCCCACGCCAGGGGGCCUCUGAGAGCCAGAACACGCUGGUGCCUCUGCUGGCCUCUGCUGGGCACACCACGUGCAAUGUCGAAUCCUGGGGGGACAGGGCCCAGCUGUCAACAAGCAGCCCAGCCCCACCCUGCCAGGAGGAGCUGGCAGCCUCCCAGCUCGCUUCCCUAUGUGCUGAGCUGGCUGCCCUGCUGGGCUCCCAGGAGAACCUCCGCGCCCUGCUGGCAAAAGCCCUCUCCCAGGGGAAAGUGAGGGCGGCCCUGGACCAGGCCCUAUCCAAAGAGGUCUCGGGAGCCACGAUGGCCAAGGCCCUGCCCCAGGGCAUCCUGGGCACGGCGCUGGUGAAGGUGCUGUCCUGGGGCAAGCUGGCCACCAGCCUGUCCUGCGCCCUGGCCCGGGGCGAGCUGCGGGCAGAGCUCCCUAAGGCCAUUCAGGGCAGACUGGCGGACGUGCUCAGCAAGGCCCUGAUGGAGGGGGAGCGGGCCACCUUGAACCAGGCCCUGUGUCAGGGUGAGCUGGGCGCAGUCCUCAGCCAGUCUUUUUCUCAGGUGGCCCUGAGGUCUGGAGUUGUCCUCCCCAAGGCUGCCGCGAAAACGGCGGGAAGCGGGGUGACUGUGAUGCCGACCCUGGUGGAGGUGGACUGCAGGAGGAGCCCGUCGGCUGCAUGGGGUCCCACCCUGGGCCCCAUGAGACUACAGCCCAGCAAGGGUCCUGAGGACAAUGGCGUGUCUGGCAGCCGAGCGUGGAACUCUGCUGUCCCCAGUGGAGCGGUCGGGCCCAGAGACGGCACUGCGGCCCCUGGGGGCGCGUGGGAUGUCAUGGCGGCGGUGGAUCCCAGACAGCCGGGGGAGCUGGUGACGUCGUCGGCGCAGGCUGUGGAGGAGAUAAUCGUGCAUGCGGUGGUCAUCCUCCAGGCGUGUACACGUGGCUUCCUGGUGCGCCGUACCAUCAAGGUGUGGCAUCAGUGGGCCAUCCCCAUCCAGGCUGCCUGGCGUGGCUACCGUCUACGGCGGGACCUGGCCCGGCUCUGCAGAGCCGCCACAGUCAUCCAGGCUGUGUGGCGAGGCUUCUGCAUCCGCCGGAGCUGCACCCAGCAGAUGCUGCUCCCAGGCAUGUGGGCUGAGACGGGCAGCAGGGCCAGGACCACGUCUGAUCACCGCUGCUUCCAGUCCUGCCACCCACGUGUCUGUAGUCUCUGCCAGUCACUGAGCUCUGGACUGGGGAGCCCACCCAUCGUGGUGAUGCUUGUGGGUUCCAGCUCCCGCACAUGCCACAUAUGCGGCCAUACCCUGCCCACCCGGGUGCUGCAUGGCACGGGCCAGGGUGCUGCGGGCCAGGCCGGCAUGCCACGGGGCUGCCUCACCUGGUCAAACCCCCAGAGCCCCUGGCAACCCCAUCACCAGAGCCAGAGCAAGGCAGCCACGGCCAUUCAGUCAGCCUGGAGGGGCUUCGCUGUACGCUGCCAGCUGAAGCAGCGGCGGUUAGCAGCCAAGAUGCUUCAAGCCACCUGGCGCGGCCAUUGCACCCGGGCCUCUCUCACCACGGAUGCGCUCUUGGGACCAGCGGCGUGGGACAACUCACAGCACAUGCCGUGGCUAGGUGUCUAGGACCUUGGCUUACCAGUGGGGGAACACCAGGGGAGGAGCCAUGUGGCUCUCUGGGUCUAAUGAAUAAAGCCCUCCACAGUC